AGUCCCUCCUGCGGCCUGCCUCUCCCCAAGCCAACAACCAGCCAGCCUCGGUUAUUGUUUGCCUUGUGCUUCGCUGGCCUCAAUCCAGCCAGCCUCGAUCCACUCAACCUGACCAGAUUCUUACAGAGCAUUCACAGACCAGAAGGCAACGGCAUUCAGUGACAGAGUGGCUGGUUACCUGGUUCGAUCUGCUCUAGGCCAACUCUCUGUGCUGCCAUCCUCCAGACAUCACAGCCAUGUCUACCCAGAUCCUACUCGGAUCAUCCAGAGUCUCCACCAGCGCAUCGUCACUCUCGCAUAUUCGCUCCUCUGCGUUGUUCAGCAAGGCGUCUGAGGCCUCGCUCUCCACCUCCUUCCUUCCGUCGACUCACAAGGCGUCGUUCUCUGCUGCCAGCUCAGCUGCGAGACUGCGCGUUCAGCGACCGACGAGCUCACGCGUUGUGGUGACGGCCAUGGCUGACAACCAGGGGACGGUCCUUGUCACUGGCGCUGGAGGCAGAACAGGCCGGUUGGUGCUGGAGAAGCUUCAGAGCCGGCCAGAGUUUACCGCGAGAGGUAUGGUGCGGUCUGGGGCGAGCAAGGAGACGCUCGCAGGCUCGGUCCCUGGCGCCGACAUCGUCGUUGCCGACAUCAUCAAACCCACCGACAAGGCCUUUGCCUCGGCAUUCGACGGCGUCAAAGCGCUCAUCAUUGUCACCAGCGCCGUGCCGAAAAUGAAGCCCGGGUUCGACCCUUCUUCUGGUCAGCGGCCUGAGUUCUACUUCGAAGAGGGAGGCGAACCUGAAAAGGUUGAUUGGCUCGGCCAGAAGGCACAGAUUGAUGCAGCUAGGCGAGCAGGGGUGAAGCAGGUGGUGAUCGUGGGGUCUGCAGGUGGUACCAACGAGAAGCACCCCCUUAACUCUCUUGGCAACGGAAAUAUCCUGAUCUGGAAGCGCAAGGCAGAGCAGUACCUUGUUGACUCCGGCAUUCCGUACACCAUCAUCAGGGCGGGUGGCCUUCUGGAUAAGGAAGGUGGAAAGCGCGAGUUGCUGGUGGGCAAGGAUGAUGAGUAUCUAUCAAGCAACACCCGCACUGUGCCUCGUGCAGACGUUGCUGAAGUCUGUGUGCAGGCCCUUCUUUUCAACGAGGCAAAGAGCAAGGCGUUUGAUCUCGUGUCACGUGAAGAGGGAGACGGACCUGUCACCACCGAUUUCAAAGCUCUCUUCGCAAAAACUACAACUGGGAUGUGAUGGUCACUUUCUUCAGACACAGGUUGAGAUUUGAAAACAACAUCAACGCAUUAGGUUGUCCCUGUUUGGUCGUCAGAAAUGGCCUAAGAUAUGCAUUGUUACACGUGUUGAACUUAUUACCAUAUUUUUGACUGCUGAACUUGAUAAGGUUGGUUGCUGUUUUUCCAUUUAACGUGUUU